AUGGCUCCCCGCAGGUCGCCAGAUUCGUCCAGCACCGACUCCCAGCUCAGUGAACCAAAGACCAGCCUCACGACCAAAGACGACAGCACUUUCGAUUUCUUCCGCCUCCCCCGGGAACUUCGCGACCAAAUCUACUUUGACAGUCUAGCCUACAAGCGCAAGUACCCCGACCAGAGUGGCGCACGAGUCCGAGGCCGUCGAGUCGCCGACCCCAAUUUCCUCCUCAUCAGCAAACAGUUCAAGUCCGAGUAUCUGGAGCGUGCAGAGCAGCAUACAGCACUUAUCAUAGUCGACCGUCCCGAGUACCACGGCGACAACAUCACCCUGCCCAGCGAGAUCGCCUACGCCCGUCAUCUGGAGGUCCACAUCGCGAUCGCCUGCGAUGCCCCCGACCAUGUCGGCAACCAGUGCCGUGUGACGAAGGAAGUCCGAAUGCAUCACCGCUGGCUCUCGAACCUCUGCACCAAAAUGCGACAUCUGCAAUCUGUCCAGGUCGACAUGGUCAUCGAUCCUCAUCAGUACAUCAACGAGUGCGAGGCGAAACUCAUGGAGAUGCAGUAUAAGCUCUCGAAUGUCCUUGAGCUGUCAUCGCUAAGGCUGUUCUAUUGCGAUUAUGCGGGUAGGGAUUUUGGGUGGAACUUUGGCAAGUCGAGGAAGUUGGCAUGGGAGUGGGAUGCGGAGGAUCGGUCGCUGCAUCGUGUGGCGAGUAGUUCGGUGAAAGGUGAGAUUUGUGAGGCGGAUGGAAAGGGUGGCGAAGAGAAUGACUCGGCGUGA